AUGGGCACGCAGGCCCAGCAGGCCUUCAGGUCUGAGCCCAGGAACCUCACUGUGCGGAUGGGAGCCACAGCUGUGUUGAGGUGCGAGGUGCUGCGGGCCUCAGGGACUGUGCAGUGGGUGAAAGAUGGCCUCCUCCUGGGACCACAGAGAAGCCUGCCAGGCUUUCCGCGCUACAGCAUGAUUGGAAAUCCCAAGAGAGGGCAUUAUCAUCUUCAGAUUGAGAAGGCACAACUGGAAGAUGAAACCCCCUACACAUGUCAAGUGGGCCAGUCUGAGAGCAGUCAAGCAAUCAUUUCCAGUACAGCCUGGGUCAACAUUUUAAUUCCUUCUUCCAAGCCGUACUUUGAGGUGGACAUGGAGACACCUUGGGUGGAAGGGAAGAAAUACACCGUCAUCUGCAUAGCCCCUGACGCAAAGCCUGUGGCUGAAAUCUCACUAUUUAAAGAUGGAGUCGAGCUGACAGGUGCAGAGUCUUUCACCAUGUCUGGCUCAAAGGAUAAGCUCCUGAACACGCAUACUGAAGUAACGGUCACCGCUCUGAGCACUGAUAACGGGAGGCAGCUGGCAUGUCAUGCCAAGAACCCCGCCCAAUUCCGGCCUGUGAAGACCGAAAUGACCAUGAACGUGUUGUUCUCACCUCAGCCUCCAGUUAUGGUGGGUCUGGAGAGAGAGGACGUCAAAGCGGGGAGAAUGCUUGUGUUGGAGUGUGUGUCUCAUGGUGGAAACCCUCUCUCCUCUCUCCAAUGGACCAAGAAUGGAGAAGUUCUGUCCAUCACUUGGGAAGCAGAUGUUGUAGCGCAGAAGUCCAGAAGCGUCCUCAACCUGAAGAUCACCCCUGCAGACAACCAGGCAGUGCUGUGUUGUGAAAGUGUCAAUCUGGUGUCCCUGUCACCUCUGUCUGUCAGCCGCAAAAUCACUGUGCUCUUUGAGCCCGCAGAGGUGACUCUGCUGGGUUCCUUCACAGUAGUUGAGGGGCAGGAUUUGAAGCUGCGCUGCUUUGCCGCCUCCAGUAAUCCGCCCGUCCAGGUUCGCUGGUGGCUCGGCUACAAGCAGCUCAACGCCACUGUUGCAGCUACGGAAGAGGGAGACAAUGGUGGGAUGACAACCAUGUCCAACAUGACCCACACGGUCUCCCAGAAGGAGGAUGGGCUGAAACUCACCUGCGAAGCUUUCAACAAGGGCACACACUUCUCCAAGACCCAGACCGCCACACUUAAUGUAUAUUAUCCCCCUCAAAAGGUGUGGCUCGACACUCCCCCUCAAGAUGUCCCCCUUCGUUCAGGCACCACGGUCCGUCUCAUCUGCUUCUCAACCGGCGGGAAUCCCACUGGGACUCUGACUUGGUUCAAGAACGGUAAGGCUGUGCCUGAUGCACUGAAGCAGACGUCCUUUGAUCGAGGUGUGGUUCGAGAACUGGUCCUGGUCCUGACGGCAAGUGAUAACAUGGCCACCUACCGCUGCGAUGCCACAAAUAAGGCAAAGAAGACUAUCUCUGCCCAAACUCAGCUCAUGGUUCACUUUACAGCAGUGAGUAUGAAGAUUUCAACCAAACAGGAGGAGCUACGUCGGGGCCAGAUGUUAACUCUGGAGUGCCAGUCUGGAAGCAGUAACCCUAAGGCCAGCAUCUCCUGGAGCUUGGGCGCACUCAAAUUGCAGGGUGUGGAGCAGCCACCCAGGAGAGCUCAGUUUGGUGGCGUAUCAGUGCACAGUUCCCUCUCCCUCAAUCUGAGCUCACACCAUCACAACCAGAGGGUCAUUUGCCAGGCCUACAGUCAAGUACUGGCGGAGGGGGCAAACACAUUCUUCAAACUCAAUGUGCUUUACCCACCAGAGUUCAGCCCACAGCAGCCAGUGCAGGUCCAGGUGGUGGAGGAUGACAUGGCAACCAUCCCACUGCUGGUCUCAGCUAACCCAGAGGAGGUCUCCUGCAUGUGGCUGCACCACAGGGAGAAGCUGGUCAAAGAGGGGAAUCUGCACUACGACUGGCCAGAUGAGAAUUCACUGGUAAUCAAGAAUGUGACGAGGAGAGAUGCUGGAGUUUACAAAAUCAAGUGUUCAAAUGAUGAGGGUGUCAACCAAAUCUCCAUCAUGCUGGAUGUUCAGUAUGGUGCCAGUGUUAAGGCAGAGAAAGACCCUGUGGUCGUGACCCUGGGGGAAACAGCAGACCUGAUAUGUGUGGCAGAUGCCAACCCCAUUAUAUCUGACAUGUUCUCCUGGAAAUGGCUGGGAGAAGAGGAGGUGGAGAUGGAACAGGAGACCCAGGAAGAAGAAUCUGGCCUUCUAACUAUCCAUGAUGUUACUCGGGCUCAUGCUGGUUUUUACCGGUGCACAGCCAGUAAUGGCAUAUCAUCCCCUGCCACUGUUGAUGUGCAGCUGGUGGUGCAAUUCAAACCAGAGCUUCAGAAAGGAGCCCAGUGGAGGAAGGUAGCAAGUAGAGGGGAUGGGACCUCUACAGCUGAGCUAGCGUGCCGGGCACAAGGCAUUCCUCGUGUCGACUUCUCUUGGGAAAAAAAAGGUUUACGCAUGGACUUUGCAAACCCAAGGUAUGAGGAGCAGACCGUGAGGGAGGGCUCCUUCCACACCAGCACAAUCAGAGUGGUAAAUGUGACUGCAGCUCUGGACUACGCGAUCUUCAGCUGCACUGCUCGCAACUCACUUGGGGAAGACACGCUUGACAUCCAGCUCGUCAGCACAAAUCAUCCAGAUCCUCCUUCUUUGUUUCGCCAACUCGCCGUCUCCCACGACUCAGUCACUCUGGAGUGGGUCCCCGGCUUUAAUGGUGGUCUCUGGCAAAAAUUUCGUAUCAGAUACCGUUGGGAUAAGUCAACCAGUUUCCUGUACAUGGACGUGUUUCCUCCCAGCGCAACAACUUUCACUGUCACUGGGCUGCAGCCACUCACCACCUACAACCUCUCAGUCAAUGCCCUCAAUGCAAUGGGGGAGAGCGUCUAUGCUGACAACAAUGCAGUACUGACCAUCACCACCAAGGAGAGGCCAGACCUAGGAGAAGUCCUCACAGAUGAUGACUCAGUCUCACAGAGUGCAAGUGGACUGCCAGCCUAUUUAACAGAAGUGAUCACAGUGGUGUUUGGAGUCCUGCUGGUAUUUAAUUCCCUGGGUUGCUUCUUUGGAUUGAGGUGGAAAAAGAGGCGAGUCCAGACAGGGAGGAGAGGAGGCAGUGUGUUGGAUGGAAAAAAGAGUGAGCAGGGGGGGUCCAGUCAGUCAACUUUAAGCAACUCCAACACGUAUGAGAGCAGAGAAAAGAUCAACGCUACAGCCCAGCGCACCCUCCUCGUCGACUCCGGAUCUGAAACAGACAGCCAUGUCUACGAGAGCUAUGCAGCGGAAAGUUCCCGUUAUUAUUACCCGACCGGUGACUAUGUCCCGCCUCUCAGUAAAAUCCCAGAGGAAACGCGUCAGCUCGGUGUCACCCACCUCCAUGUGGACUCUCACAGCCAUGUGUAUGAAGACGUGAGAGCCGGGCAUCUGUACCAGGACAUCCUGGCUUCCCCUCUUCCUUCCUCUUCGACCUUGUUUGACCACAGAUUGCCUCAUCGAGGGAACGAGUGGAGACUACCAACCUACCAUCAGGCAGCAGAAAGAGUGAGGGAUGUUCAACAACCACGGAAAGAUUCUGAUCUUCCCUUUGAACUACGAGGCGAAUUAGUCUAGAAUCAGAAGGUCAGACCAGACAAAUCAACUAUGACAGGGCUUAUGAUUCAACAGCGGCCAUUGAGUCCAGUGAUGUAGGGCAGAUAUUUAAUAGGAAACCUUUUGAAUUGUAUCUCACAAGUCACUUUGAAUGUACCUGUCACAUGUGUAGAAUGAAACACUUGAUGUAAAAUGUCCUAUAAAACAGUAUUUCACUCUCA